AUGACGACACACGUGCCCAUUACUUUUGUGAGCCGAUUCAAUUUGCAGGUGGUAAAGGAAAUUGGUGAAGGAGAACAUCAUUCCGAAUCAUGUCAUGUGGAUCAUAGUCAUCAUCAUCAUCAUGGAUGUUGCCAUGAAGAUCAUAAUUUGAAGCAACCAUCGUGUGGUUCCCAUCAUCAUCAUCAUUCGGGAGAAGGUCAUGAACAUACUCACCAUCAUCAUCAUCAUUACAAUGUCUCAUCCAUAAGUGUCCUAUUUAUGGGACUGAAAGAUGGUUCUGUUUCUUUAUUUGCACCUGGUGCUUCAUCACUCACUCAGUUUUCACUUCCUCAACAAACGACUGCCAUUUCCAAUAUUAUUCAAAUAAGCCACAAAAUUAUUUCCGAUAUCGAUGAGGACCAUUUAUCGAACGGUACACCAAAUUCCAGUAUUGAAAAACGAAUCAAGAAGAUUUCCUGCAAAAAUUAUUUUGCAUCCAUUUCUGAAAAUGAUGGUUGCGUCAAGUUUUGGAAAAUUUAUGCAAAAGAGAAAACUCAAAAACAUCAGUACAAUGUGGAUAACAAACACAUAGAGCUAGCUCCAACCAGCUAUAUUGAUUUUUCAAUGGAAAUGAUUGAUACUUCAUCACAAGAUGCUGCAACAUUUGAAUCGCCUAUCGUAGCAUUGGGAAAUUCGCAUGAUUUAAUUUAUGCCAUUAGUGAAAGAGGUGAAGUGGGAGUUUGGAAAUUUGGAUUAAUGUCUGGUAAAAUUAUUAGAUUAUCUAAAUUCAACUUGGGAAGAAUGAAUCACAAGGUGAAAAGUGUUUCCUCAAGCCGAAAAGAUCGUUGCAAUCCAAAUCGGCUUUUAUCAUACAGCUUUAUUGCCGUUGCUUGGGAAGAUGGAAUGAUUGCCAUUCUCGAACCAAACUAUCGUUUGGUAAAGAAUAGAAUUUCUUCCAUUGGUCUCGAAGAAUCUCAUCAAGAUUUUCAAUUCAAUCGAUUAUUCGUAUUGAAAAUGGUCAUUCAUGCAUUUAGUGCAUCCAUUGCAUUGGCAGUUGAUACACAUGACGAGACAGAAGAAUCAACUUACUCAGAAGAAGUACAAUCAGAACAGGAACUCUAUUCCUAUCCAUUUGAAAGCCCAUUGAAUAACAUUACCUAUGAGUUGCAUCUCGUAACUCUUCCAGAAAAUAGUGAACAUCUUCAUGUCUUGAUCAAACAAGGAGGUGACUAUUUGAUACGAGUAUUUAACACAGCCGAGUCUGUACCUCUUACGAGUGAUCAUUUGCAUGUCGAGGGAGCACUACGAACCAUGGAAGAGGAAUUUGCUACAGAAGCCAUGCGUGAGGGAAUUCAUGACAAGAUUUUCCAUUUGAAAUUUGUUGGAGAGCGGAUGAUUGUGUCAAGUCAGGAUUUGAUUGAAAUUUAUUCACGAUUGGAAGACUCGAGUACAUUUUGUUCCUUAAUUCAUGGUGACCAUGACGAGGAGGAAGAGGCGACAGAGGAACAAGAAGAGAAUGUUGUUGGCAAGCAUGAAGAUGACACCACUUUCGAAUUGUCGAGUAUUGAAUUUGAUGGACGAAGAGCUCUUCUGUUAGGAUGCACCGAUGGUAAAAUUCGUGGCGUUCUUGUACCUUCUGUGGUUCAUUCUCAUCUUGGUGCAACGACAAGUUCGAUGAGUCACUUGGAAGGUGAGGAAUUGGAAACCUUUGAGGUUGAAAUGCCCAAACAUUGUAUAAGGAAGUGA